GUCAACAAAAGCCCCUUAACAAUCCUCGUAUAUAAGUCAAAUUUACCAGCAUUGUCUGAACCCAAAAGCUUCUGCCUCAUUUUCUGAGCAGCUAGACACUGCGGAUACUUCCUUCAUAGUCGUAAUGACCACUAUCAAUCUCCGCAAGGGCAAUACCCGCCUUCCGCCGGAGGUGAACAGAGUCCUCUACGUACGAAACCUUCCCUUCAACAUAUCGAGCGAAGAGAUGUACGAUAUUUUCGGCAAGUACGGGGCGAUUCGCCAAAUACGGAUCGGCACUAACAAGGAUACGCGAGGGACGGCCUUUGUAGUCUACGAGGAUAUCUACGACGCCAAAACGGCCGUGGAUCACUUGUCGGGUUUCAACGUUGCAAAUAGGUAUUUGAUCGUUUUGUACUAUCAGCAGGCCAAGAUGAGCAAGAAGUUUGAUCAGAAGAAGAAGGAGGAGGAGAUUGCUAAGAUGCAGGAGAAAUAUGGGGUUUCUACAAAAGAUAAGUAAACUCUUUAAUUCGAAUGAAAACAAACCUCAUAAAAUUUACUUCUGUAUUUGGGAAUUUUGUGGUUCUCUUCUUAUUUGGUUAAUGUAAUGUAUAUUUUGUUAUGGCCGGUAUUGCUUUAUCAUCUACGUUCUUUUAAUUUUAGGGUGUGAUGUACUGUUUGUUAUGAACUUGUACAUUGUGAAUGAUAUGUUAGUAAUUGGAAAAGGUGUGAUUGAAUC